AUGGCGAACCGUUUCUCCUCGCCGUGUCCGACCUCCCACGACACCCCAGGCCAGUCCGGGUUCCUCGUCUCGCCAGUAGGCUCAGCUUUGCCCCGUCGAAAAUCGCUCCCACACGUCAGGUCUUGGAGCAAAAGCUCCUUGGGCAAAGAAAUAUCCACACCUCAUCCCGUAUGGAAGAGCAGAAUUCCAGUUCGUGAAUCGCCUAAGAAACCUGUUGAAGGUGACCAGAGUGGCUCCGAAGCCGACCUCACCGAAUAUACCUUUGACCUGAACAAGCUUCCCGGGGAGACGGUGGGCAUUGGAAAGGAAGAAGGGGGAAAGAAACACAAUAUUCAAGAUGAAAGGACUGGUAUCCUGUCCGAUAUUGAAGGCCCAGAAGAUUUUACGCUGAACAUGGUCGAGCUUCUGAAAAACGUGGACCUGGACAAUACUCAGCGCACUCAAGUGCAAGUUGACGGCGGAGGGGAUAAAGACAAAGAUGGCGAGGGUGAAGUGGAAGGGGAAAGGAAAGUUGAAGGCGAACAGGACGAUGGACAGGAUCUCGACGGCCCAACAAGAGCUACGGGAUUACAGGACUACACCCAGUUAGAUCACACUAUGGAGACCUCUACCCCCGCCCAUUUCCUCUGGCGAGAUGUAAAUGCACCAGCAAAGCAAGAUUCGUCAUCAAAAAACCAACCUGCCCUAGCCGCUGAGGACAACAAUGCUAGCAACCUGAAAGAAAGCUCAGUUAUUUAUACUCCAGGCCGAAAAUCCGUUCCAGCGACGCCAACAGCCGAGCUUUCUAGGAUGGAAGACACAAGCACUAUCCCGCAAGAGGACCAAACCUUGUGUGCAGCUCAGCAAAUAUGCCAACUCGAGAUGGACCUUGAGGCGAAAACUCGACGCAUCAGGGAAAUGGAAGCGAAACUAGCAGAGGGAAGUUCAUUACUCCAGCAAGUGAGCAAGUUAAAACAACAACUGCAGAGGCGUGACGAACGAACCAAGCUGAGCGAGACUGAACUCAAGGAUUUACGUGCGGCCAAAGUUGAAUUGGAACAGGUGCGGAGCGGAGCUGCUAGUCAGUCUUCGAAGGAAUCUGCCCUCAAGAGCAGUCUCAAGGAAAAAGGAAGGCUACUUAAGGAGGCCGAGAAGGCACUAGAGGAAGCCCGCGCAAAACAUCAACGCCACGCUGAGGAAACGACUGCAGAGAUCAAGCAAGUAAAACAGGAAUGUGAAAAGAAACUGGGCGGGGUUUAUAGCCUAAGGUAUCAGUUGACUUCCACUACUCGAGAACGAGAUUCGUUCCAAAAACGAGUAGAGGAACUAGAGCAUACCGUUCAAGACCUAAAAACACGGUUGACAACGGCAGAGUCUCAGAAAGCAGAAGAAGCUGCGGAAAGCUUAGCAAGGCUCAGAGAGGUUCAAAAAUUCGCAGGGGAGUUGGCUCUCCCUGCCCUAGGAAAGCCGUUCUUCGAAAUUAUCGACCUUCUCAGAGAGCAUUUCAAAGGCAUUGGGGAGAAAUCCUCGGAGCAACGAAAGGAACAUUCAAAGGAGGCAGAAGAGACCCAGCGGGAGUUACAAAAGCAACUCAAAAAGUCCAAUGGCGUGGCGCGACUUGAAGCCCGCAAGGCGGAACUGUAUCGCGAUCGACUCAGUGAAGCAUCUUCCAAACUUGAUUCUAUUAAGAACGAAAAUGCAGAGCUUCUCGGAAGAAUGGCCGUUCUUACGUGCGAUAAUGCAAAGCUGAAGAAACGGGCCACAGAAACCACCCAGGAGCACGAUCAGGCUAUCAAUGCAUUGCGUAAACUUCGAGCUGAAGCUGAAGAAUCACACAAGUCACAGAUCGCAAGACUCAAAUCGACCCAUUCAGAGCAGCUGGCCAAGCAUCGAAACAACAAGCAAGGCCCAAGUAGUGAGCUACAGGCUCGCUUAGCUGCCUCUAUGAAUAGAGAGAGCGUCCUAACGGCGGAGCUCAAGGCCGAGCAAGAAGGUAGAGAGAGUCUCGAGGAGGAGCUAGUGCGCAUGGAAACAGAAAUAGCACAUCACCAUAUGACGCAAAAGAGACUCGAGGCUAUCAUCAAGGCCAACACUUCGGCCGCAAAGAAGAUCGAUGGCAAGAUUAUCGAUAUCAUGCGUGAGAGAGAAGAUGUUUGGAAAGCACGAGUUGACGAGCUGACCAAGGAUAACGACAAAUUGGGCAAAGUAUUAAUGACCAUGUGGGGGAAACAGGAGGUCGGCGAUAGUUCUAAAAUUAAGGGGAACGAAAUGGGGGAUAAACAGGGGUAUAAAUAUAAGUACGUGAGAAAGGCGCAGGAUGUUGAGAUUGGGGAGAUUUGGGAUGCUCUCUUGGGAGAGCCUGCUUCUUGA